CUAAUAAAAAUAGGUUCCGAUGUUGAAUUGUUACUCAGAACAUCUGUUAUACAAGGUAUUCACACAGACCACAAUACACUGAAUCCACUUUCAGCCUUUUUUGACCCUGCUUGCAACCUUAUCUGGGAGUACUGACCUGUAUGAACCAGCUCAAGUGGCUUCUGUACCCUCUGACUUUUGGCUGGUUCUCUAAUGAGAGAUGCUGGCAGGAGAUCAGAAGGAAGGAGGAGAGUGAAGGCAGGUAUUUAUCUUUCUGACUAUCCCUGAGAAGUUGCCUCAGACUGCAGUAUCCCUCAAAGCUUCUCUCAAGGGCCAGUUGCGAGUUUGUGGACGUUUGACUGAAACCUGGAACCCAAAUGAGAAGAAACCUUCAAGGAACAACUUCUAUUGACAAUUACCUGUUAGACGCCCUGAGUCAAGACAACAAUUUUUAUACCUUCCUGGUGGUUGAGAAACGAGUCUCUGUAGAACGAGAAGCAAAGAAAGGAAAACAGAUUGACUUUCUUCAUUAAAUUGACUGUAGAUACUCGACUUUCAGGAACAAAAACACGGAGAAGUAAUAAAAUUAUUUUUUUUUUUGGCAUCAUUGGACACUCAGCAUAUCAAGGAGCUUGCUUUUGAAGCUUCCUGAGCCAAGAUUUGAAAACUUCAUUGGUGCUCAUUUAUACCGUGGACUUAUAAGCAUGAGUGAAUUCUGGUUGUGUUUCAACUGCUGUAUUGCAGAACAGCCUCAGCCUAAAAGGCGCCGGCGGAUUGACCGAAGUAUGAUUGGAGAGCCAACAAAUUUUGUGCACACGGCUCAUGUAGGAUCGGGAGACCUAUUCAGUGGAAUGAAUUCAGUUAGCUCCAUUCAGAAUCAGAUGCAGUCCAAGGGGGGCUACGGGGGUGGGGUGUCUGCCGGCCUGCAGAUGCAGCUUGUGGAUACGAAGGCUGGAUAGCCCCAAGUCCUGUCUCCCGUCAUUGUGAAUUUGUGUUUUCUCUUUUCACUCUUCUUUAAUUUGUUGUUGUUGAUUCCUUUUCAAAUACAAAAAAGAAGUGUGAUGGCAUCUUGUUCACCCUGUUGUGAUUCCUCCAGUGAGACGUUCUUGUUCUGCUCUGAAGAAGCUGUCGUCAGAUGAACCCUGCAUUUCCUUGGGCUGGCAUGCAUGCCUUUGGACUCACGGACUUUGGAUCGUGGCUUCAUUUUUAUCGAUUAUGGAUCUGAUCUUAGCAUGGUCUUUGUUGUGAAUGCUAGCACUAUUUUGCAUUUUUCUCCCAUUUUAAACGUUUCUAUUUCCAUCUCCAGCCCUCUGCCUUAUGAGUUUGUUGGUAAGGUAGGACCUGCUUUUGUUAAUUUGUCACUGUUUCUGUAUAUUUUGGAAGGUAGGACAUCCACAAGCACAAUGAUCAUUUUUAUUCGUUUGAGACUUGAGCAGAAUCGGUAUCUGCAUGCUUUAUGGAGUCGCUUCAUCUGGGAGGCCAGGAAUGAGUGUUUCCUUGCUGCCGUUAGAGAGGGAUUAGCUGUGGCACCACGUCACGUCAGUUUCACACAAAGGUAACCUGUAGCUUCUUUUAGAACUAAAAUCUGGCAUUCAUAAGGUGUUCAUUUGGUUGUGAAUGUUCAAUAUAUUUAUUUUGAGAGUGAGGACCUGUAUUUGUGAACAGGUGUGGUUGUGUAUCGGAGUGUUGUGGUGAUGCCUUCAUCCAGUCUCACUGUGUACUCAUUCUGUUUUGACUUGUUAUUUUAAUAUGAUGGGAUCCAUGUGUUUCCACUAACUGUUAACUCCUGGCCAGUACCACUAACUGCAGUCAUUGGCCUUUCCACAUUCAGACCUGUUUUGGGGCAGUGGAAGUUAACCCAGAGCAAUAUAAUGACUUGAUUUGUUAGGACAUUGGUGAGAAACCAUUGCUCAGGCUCCAAAAUGUUUAUUCUUCAUAAAUUAUGUGUAUUUCAGAAGUACUUUCUCUUCUCUGUGAGGGCAGAGAAUGUUUAAAUGUUUAAAUCCUAACUACAUUUAGUAGGAUUAAUAUUUUAUGCAGCAAAUGGGACUUAGGUGAAAAUGUAGACAGCUAAGAAAUUAGGUGAGUAAUUGUUUUCUUCGCAUCUUAGUCCCAGGUUCUUAUGAACCAGGUAACUGGAUAAAUAGCUUACAGAGGGAAAGCAGUGCUUCUGAAUAGAACUGACUCAAGGCAGUGGGGCGCUGGAUUCCUCAGUGCUUGUGUGUCUGCAGUUGGUGGCUUCAUAGGUGUCAGUCCCAGGGAGAAUCUGUUGAGGAAAUAUUCAUGCUUAGUAAUUUAAAAACAGGCAGUUUGCAGUUUAAUUUACUGUGUGGAUACAGCGUUCUGGGAUUUGCUGAGGACCCGUGGUGUUCUUCUCAGCCAGAGUCUGUGUCCUGCCACAGACUACAAGAGAGAUUGGAUUUCCUGGGCCUUGUCCAUAGUGAUGCCCUUUAGUCUCUUUUGACUUUUAAAAUUAGUGGAACUUUUAUCCUUGUCCUGUAACUCCUGGAUUCACAAUACAGAGAGCCCUGCUCCUUUCUCUUGAACUCAUGAUUUUGAUAUCUUCUGUGUGGACCAAAUACUCCAGUGAGUACUGGAGCGUACCUCCAUGGUAAGAGCAGAUAACUGACCUACACUAGCCACACUGUGUGCAAGAACAUAUGCCAAGGAAGGUGCCAAUAAAUGCAAGAAAUGACAAAAGAUUUUAAUAUAUUAACCUUGGGCACACAUUUUUUAGGGAGGCUUUUGAAGAGUGUGAAGGGUGGCAGCUUCCCCACAUCAUCUGCGGGAUUGUAACUCUUGGGCCAUGUGUCUCAUUUUAAAAUUGAAUCUAAAUAAACAGGAUUGACUGUUAGUACUUUGCUGAAAUACAUGCUAACAUUUAGCACGGGAAACCGAAUGAAGGUUUAACCAGUGCCCUGGAUUCUGUUAAUUAUCUGCAUUCUAUAAAAGAGGUGCUUUCCCAUGAUGUAGGCCAGGCAUGAAGUGGGUGCCAAGAAGAAAGGUUCACUAUAGUGAUUGGGUUCAGCAUUUCCAGUGCAGCAUUAUCGCCUUUAAAGAAAGAUACUAGCUUUCACUUUUGUUAUUAAAUUAUAGCAGUUUCAUUAUAGAGAGCAAGUUUGCCUUGAUUUUGUUUAAAAUGACUUCUGCUCAGCACCCAGAAGAUAAAAUUGACAUAUUUUUAUAAUAUAAGCAUACUUUUUUUUGUACAUUGUGUUCAUUCAGUGUUGGCUUGUAGAUAUUAAAAGAAAGUAUUGAUUUUGAUUGAAUAAAUGUUUUCUUUCCA